AUGUCAGGGGACAUGGAUGCCACUGGGCGGGGCUACACACAUAUCAGACUUCAGAAAUUUUGCUACAAAUGGACCAUCAGCAACUUUUCAUUUUUCAUGGAUGGAAUUAAGGGAAAGAUCACAAGCCCAGUGUUCUCAUUAGAGGCUGGUGAUGAAUUGGCAUGGUGUUUGGUAGUACACCCAAAUGGAGUUGACGAAGAAAGCAAAGAUUACCUGUCAGUUCACCUAGGAUUGCUCAGCUGUCCAGAGCGCCCAGUUUGGGCAAAGUUCCAGUUCUGGAUCAUAAAUUCCCAAGGAGAAAAAUCUCAAAGUAAGAAGAGCACAAUUGUCUAUAGCUUUCAGCGAAACCAAUACAAGGGAUUCAAAAAGUUCAUCCUUCGAGAUUUCCUCUUCUCUGAUCCACUCUGGUUUCUCCCUGAAGACCAGCUCACCCUCUGCUGCAAUGUCAACAUAGUAGGAGACUUCUUUAGCAUUCCUAGACAGAACGUGACACCUGCAAUCAAGGAUCCAAGACACACGUUGGCAGAUGACCUAGGGGAGCUGUGGGAAAAUUCCCUGUUCACAGACUGCUCCCUGUUUGUAGCUGGCCAUGAAUUCAGGGCUCACAAGGCCAUCCUAGCAGCUCGAUCUCCAGUUUUCAGAGCCAUGUUUCAACAUGAAAUGAAGGAGAGCCUAACAAACCAAGUUGAAAUCCAUGACUUAGAUCCCCAAGUCUUCAAGGAGCUGAUGGGCUUCAUUUACACAGAGAAGGCACCACACCUCCACAGUCACUCCAUGGCCGCUGGUGUGCUGACAGCUGCUGACAAGUAUGGGCUGGAGGGCUUGAUGGUCAUGUGUGAGGAGGCCCUCUGCAGGAACCUCUCUGUGGAAAAUGCUGCACACACUCUCAUCCUGGCUGACUUCCACGGCACAAAGCAGCUGAAGACUCAGGCCCUGGAUUUCAUUGCACUUCAUGCUUCUGAGGUCUCUGAGACCUCAGGGUGGAAAUCAAUGGUGAAAACACAUCCCCGCUUGCUGGCUGAAGCAUUCCAGUCCCUGGCUUCUGCACACAGUGUUUCUUGGAGCCAUCACUCAAACACCUAA